CUGAGUCGAGAAUUAAAGUUAAGCGAGGAAAGAGUACGAAACUGGUUUCAAAACAGAAGAGCAAAAUCAAAAAAGCUAACAAAAGCAGGAAACAAAUCGCCACUCCAGUCUGUCUCUUCAAACACUGUUCAUCAUUCGAUGUUCAACACUUUGAAUAGUUCG